AUGAACGCUCUUCCCACCGAAAUAAUGCACAUAAUAUUAGGUCAUCUAAGACCCCCCAUCUUGACGACUCGUGCAGAUGAAGCCGCUUGCAAGUUCACGACCAAUGCUUGGAAUUGGUGGUCUCCAC